AUGCUGCCGUCCACGACCAGCCAAGCCGUUGUCGACUUUCCGUCCUCGGGGGUAUCUCCCUCCGCGAUGACGGCCGAAGCGAUGGCACACGACGAGGACGGCUUCGUCGACCUCUACAAGGGGGCACUCGCAGUGACCCCGCCACCGUCCUCCAACGCGAGAAGCCCGCAGAUGCAGUGGGGCACGGCUCUUCCGUUCGCGGGAAACGCAGGAGACGACGACCACAACGCCGCCCCCGCCCCCGACAGCGGCAGCAUCGAGUUCGGCAGCUCGGGCAUCAACCCAUUCUCGCCCCCGCCCCCGUCCUCCGCGCCGCCGACCACCCUUCAAGCCAACAAGCAGUCCCUGCUUCCCGCCAGCAGCAGUAGUGUGGCCGUCUCUUCCGUCGCGGCGACGCCGACCCCUGUGCCGCCGCUGCCGACGGCCCGCCCGCCUUCCGCCGCCACCGCCGCCCCGCCCCGCGCGGCGAAGCCUUUUCCCGGGCCGACGAAGGCUAGGGCGAAGGGAGGUGCACGCCAACCACGACGGGUAAAGCUGCAUGACGACGGCGACGACGACGACGACCCCGAGGAAGGCGCGCCGGACCACAGGGUUUGCCUGCUCGCCGUCGGUACGAAGAAGCAGCGCCUCCGUGGCGCGGACGGUACCGUUACCGUUGCCGGCGGCGGCGGAGGCGGCGGCGGCGGUGCCAUGGACAGCGGCGCCUCCCUCGACGAUGUGAUCGGCAUGCUCACGGCCGAGAUCAAUCGGAACGGCCGGGAGGCGGAGACGGAGCGCGUGGAGACCGGGGAGCGCGCGGUGCUGCAAGUCCGGGCCUUGGCGCGGUCUGAGUUGCGCUACGGGAUCGUGCUGCUCGAGGUGGAAGGAUCGCGGGCGGCGGCCAUAGCGACCGCUCGGGAACUCAAGGCUGCUAACCCCUCGACCCCCAUCAUAGCGGUCGCCUAUCCGCGCGCGAUGCUCACCCCGGCUCAGCUUCUGUCGAGCGAGGGGUGGCGCGACUUCAACGAGAUCCUUCCAUUCCCCGUCAGCGCCGCCACGGUGCGCGGCCUCGCGACGCGGUACCUCCUCGCCCCGCCGGGGGUGGCGGCGGCGGCGGCGAGCUCGGGCAUGGCGGGGGAACCCAUCAGCUCCGGCCCUUCCACGGCGGCGGCGACGUUUGGGCAGCUAGGCCAGCACACCGCCGGGAGCGGGAGCUGCUGCGGCGGCACCUUGGUGCCGUCCCUUCCUGUUGCGGGUGGAUCGGGGGAGGUUCCGCCGCCGCCGCAGCAGCAGCAGCAGCAUCAGCAGCAGCAGGGGACUGGGGCGGCGUUGUCGCCCCACGGCGUGGCUUGGAGCUUGCUGCGAGAUGCUGAGGAAGGCGUUCUUCUGCCGUCGCAGCCGUUGCUGAGCGUAACCAAUCCAUGCGCGAGGAGGCCCCGCGCCGCGAUGACAUCACCGUCGUCAUCGUCACCCUCCACUCUUGAAGAGACUCUGGCGUCGCUGAAAAGGAGAGUUUUCGGCGGGAGCGAGGAGGACCGCGCAUUGCCCUGCGGGCUGUUCGGGGAAGAGUUCGAGAUGAAGAACGCCGAGAUCGAGGACAGGGAGUACGACUUCGUGUUCAGGCACGGCACCAUCCUGGUCAGGGUGGAAGAAGGCCUCAACGGGGAGGUUGUCCCGAUGGUGUUCAGCCUGUGUGAGUACGCCACGGACCACUUCGGAGAUCUGACCGGGCUUCCCCUUCAGUGGCUGUUCCACGAAGAUGCCACCAACAAGAAGACCGCCGCGAAGAUCAUGAUGCACAUCGAGAGGAGCGACUCGGACAGCAUGUGUUGCUACGUCAACCUCAAGAGCAAGGUUCGGCGAUGGACAUCCUCCUUUGUCUCCAUCCGAUCGCUGUCGAAACGCCCAGAGAGGGCACCCGAACAACGAUUUGGCCACGAGCGGCUGCCGCCGUGGUAUGUGCUUCUGAAGGUCUGCUUGCCGUCCGCCCUGGGGCUAAUCAAGGAGCCCGAACUUUUGCAACAAUUGUACAGCAGGAAGGCCGCGGAAACCAGCAAGAGGCACGCCGCUCCGCAGAAGGGCAGAAGCAAGGUCGGGGCGAAGAAGAGCAAUAAAAAGGCCAGGGGGGCACCUGUGGCUGGCGGUAUCCAGAGCAGGGAAGGCGUUUCGAGUGAAGCCUCCACCUAGUCCGGCCGGGCUCCCCGAAGCCAGCAAGGCUGAGAUAGCGGAAAAGCGUUGCCACCAGCAAUUGCUAGACAUUUGUAUUUGUGUCUUUGUACUGUUUUUUAUCAGUCACUCG